GGAGAAGAGGAGGGCUGUGCUGGCUCCGCGUGCUCCGCCCGGGACUCGGCGCCCACCUGGCUUACCCUUCCCUCCUCCCAGACCCUUCUCCCGGCCCGGGCUCCAUCAUGAUCAAGGCGAUCCUCAUCUUCAACAACCACGGGAAACCCCGGCUCUCCAAGUUUUACCAGCCCUAUAGUGAAGAUACACAGCAACAAAUCAUCAGGGAAACUUUCCAUUUGGUGUCUAAACGAGAUGAAAACGUUUGUAAUUUCCUAGAAGGAGGCCUGCUAAUAGGUGGAUCUGACAACAAACUGAUUUACAGACAUUAUGCCACAUUGUAUUUUGUCUUCUGUGUGGAUUCUUCAGAAAGUGAACUUGGCAUUUUAGACCUAAUACAAGUAUUUGUGGAAACACUAGACAAGUGUUUUGAAAAUGUCUGUGAACUGGAUUUAAUUUUCCAUGUAGACAAGGUCCACAAUAUUCUGGCAGAAAUGGUGAUGGGGGGAAUGGUUUUGGAGACAAACAUGAAUGAAAUUGUUACUCAAAUUGAUGCACAAAAUAAACUGGAGAAAUCUGAGUUGGACAUUUUCUUUUUUUUUUUUUUUUUUAUUUACCUCUAUAUACAGGCUGGCUUAGCAGGAGCUCCAGCCCGUGCAGUAUCCGCUGUAAAGAAUAUGAAUCUUCCUGAGAUCCCAAGAAAUAUUAACAUUGGUGACAUCAGUAUAAAAGUGCCAAACCUGCCCUCUUUUAAAUAAAAAGUCUACUCCCAGGUAAAACCCAGGAGGGAAACAGUCAUCUAGGUUUACCAUGCAAUUGUUUACCAAAAAAAGAUGAAGAGAGUCUUAACUUUUGCUGUUGGAUUGAUUUAAGAAAAGGUAUUGUAAAGAAUUGUGUACAAAAUCAGUAUAUUAUGAUGAAUAUUGCAUUUGCCUUGCUCAGUGAUUUUGAAGGAAAUGGGUAGUGUCUCUGUGAUUUUUUUUUUUCUAAAUUACAUUCCUAUGCCCUCAUAAGGCGUGUCAUCUUGGUUGCUACAGUAUUUUGAAAAUGUAUUUAAGGUAUUCCUUUAUUAUGUACAACCCCAAAUAUUGGGCCAUUUUGUAUAUUUCACAGAAUUCUAUGAGUAAGCAUUCCUUAACUCUUUCUGCCAUUUGUCAUGAUUAUUUAAAAAUUAUGUAUGUGUUGCAUGAAAAUAUUCUGUUUUCUU